AUGGCUUCGCAAAUCCCAACUGCAUUUUCGGAAGACAGCACCGUUGGUCUGCAGAAAUUCCGAUCGCUCUCCGUUAGCGGGUCCAAAAUAAAUGGUGCGAGUCUGGAGUGGACUAAUGUCAACUUUGGUAUAAAAGACAAAAAGGUUCUCAUUGACUGCACUGGAAUGGUGCGUCCAGGAGAGCUCACAGCUGUUCUUGGUCCCUCCGGCUCUGGCAAGUCCACAUUGAUGAACGUUUUGGGUGGACGGCAGAGCCUACGUGGGGAAGGCAGAACCUUUGAUGGUGAAAUCUCCUUCAACGGCAAGGUUCAAGAUCCUCUCAAUUUCCGAAGUCACAUAGCGUAUGUCAUGCAAGAUGAUCAUCUUACUGCCACUGCUACUCCGAGGGAGAUCUUGGAGAUGUCAGCCCGUCUGAGGAUGCAUGAUCAGAGCAAAGCUGAAGUCAAAGCUUUGGUCACGGAUCUCCUCGAUUCGUUGCAGUUGACCUCGUGUGAAAAUACCGUGGUGGGUAACGACGUGAUCAGAGGCAUCUCCGGCGGCGAGCGAAAGCGCACGUCGGUCGGGAUGGAGCUCAUCUCCAAGCCGCAGAUGAUAUUCCUUGACGAACCUCUCUCUGGCCUCGAUUCUUAUGCUGCUGUAACUACUAUGAAAGUUCUCAAGGACCUGGCUCGGUCGGGUGUAGCCGUGAUGGUAACAGUCCAUCAACCGUCGAGUGAGAUAUACUCCAUGUUUGAUAACAUUCUGGUUAUUUCUAGCGGUAGAAUGGUGUACUUGGGCCCGACUACUGAUCUCGAGACCUUCAUUGAGGAUACUGCACACAAGGAAUGUCCAUCAGAUAGCAACCCUGCUGACUUCGUUCUCUCUGAGCUCCAGACUGCUCCGAUGGCAGAGAUAGAGAGACUUGCCGCCACCUAUAAGAAGAAGGCCGAAGCCGAAAUCAUGCCUAGGAUCGAAGAGUCUCGAGCUAAGGGUGCUCAUGCUCCACCGCUCAAGGCGAUGUCAAGGCCAGCUAGUAUGUCACUGCAAAUGAAAGAGCUUUUCCUCCGUGACGCCAGGGACACGAUUCGUAACAAGUCUGUACUUAUUGCUCGUUAUGGCAUCCUUAUCGUUCUCAAUCUCCUCUUUGGUUGUGUAUUCUUCGAUGCUGGCUCUACCCAAAGUGAGGAGUAUUGGCUGACUAACGUUGAGCAGUUCAUUCCUUACUAUGGUGGUAUGGUCACUGUCUGUAUAUCUGCCAUGAUGGGGUCGGCUCAAUCGACCAUCUUGCACUUCCCUGAGCAACGUGGUAUCUUCCUCCGGGAGUAUGCCAGCAAUAUGUACUCUUCCAUACCCUAUAUGAUAUCCAAGAUGUUGGUUGAAUUCCCUCUUUCCUUCAUUGAUUCCAUUGUACAAAUUCUUAUUGCCUACUACAUGAUGAACUUUCAGGGUAGCAUUUUCUAUUGGUUUUUGAUCUCGUGGGUUAUGAACAUCUCUUCGGCCUCCAUGGCUCAGAUGGUGGGAGCCGCUACGAAUUCAAGUGCCCAGGCUAUUCAGUUGACACCAUUGCUCUUCGUUCCACAGAUGAUCUUUUCUGGAUUGUUCACUAGUAUCAGUAACAUCCCAGUGUGGCUGCGCUGGAUUCAGUGGCUCUGUUCAUUGAAGUACGGUGUGAAUUUGGCCUUUUUCGCUGAGUUCGGAUACGAUUACACUCGACUGGCCGAUGUCAAUGAUUCCAAGUCGAGUUUGGUGGGGCUUGAUAUUGGUGUUCUUCUGGCUCUCAUUAUUGUUUUCCGUAUCGCUGCCAAUAUCAUUCUGAAAAGGAAGGCUAGAUAUGUUUUCUAACCUCUGUUUCAAGUCUCUUGAGGAGCUGUUAGCUUCGGAGAUUGAGUCGAUCAAAAACUAUCGAUAUAUACGUGGCGAGGUUUUGUGACCAUAGUAUUUGUCCAAAACCGUGUUGCGAUUUUCAGGUCGCGUUUUACGUAGCCACGGUCAGAAACCACAUUCAAUCAUCGUCUGUAUACAGACGUUGUCUGUACAA